AUGAAUGAAGAGGGAUGGAUAGCAAUCUACAAAGGUCUGGUGCCUGGUCUUUUUCUGGUUACACAUGGUGCUAUUCAGUUCACAGCAUAUGAGGAACUUCGCAAAUUUGUUAUCAAUUAUAGGACCGACGAAAAUUCGUUGGGGAAGCAUUUUGAUCUUUCCUUUUACCUACAGGAGAAGAUCACUACGACCACGACCACAAAUGAUGUUGAAAGCUUAACAAUAAACUGUAUCUUACAAUCAUCUGCAACUCCCACACCAGAAAGCAUGAAAGAAGCUGAAAAAUAUGAAAUAAACUUCAAAAAUGUUAGUGUCAUUAACAUGACAGGGCAAAGUGUUUAUGGCGUUACUAAAGGUUCAUUUGAUGCUGAGUAUUUUAUAACUGUAAUGAUUGGCAACAAUGGCUCUCUACUCUGGGGCAUAGUCUUCCGACAGGGGAAUAUCACUCCUAUCAUGGCUGCAAAUGAUGUUGCUCCACAAGCCAAGAUGUAUCUCACAAUUUCAGAAAUGGAGUAUCAAAAUCAGGUUAAUGCCAUUGAAAUCAUCCCCCGAUCGAAAACAGUAGUCAUGCCUAAUCCCAAGGACGUGAAAAGACAGUCUAUAGAUAUAUUCCCAGUUGUACCAUGUAAGCCUCCGUCCAGCAUGCCAAGAACUAGUUCAUGUUCUUCAUUGGAGAAAAGAUCCCCAUUGAGAAUGCCCCAAGCAAAGAUAAAGCCGGUUCGCUGA